UAAACAAGAAGAUAAAGAAUAGCAAGUGGAUGGAAUGUAUUUAUGGUAAGAGAUUAGAUCAAAAACCAAUAACCAUUUCAAUUAUGACAUGACAGUAGGAUAAGCCACUGGUAGUUGUGAGUCAGCAGCAAUUAAAAAUCCAACGCCCAUACGGAUAAGAUUGUCUUCUUUCGUUUAUAAACGCAAGACAGUUAUUUUUGGCCCCACAAAACAUUGCCACUCAUCAUCUCUUAUUAUAUACGACAAUCCAAUCCUCAUUCUCUUCAACUUAGUAUUACAACAAACAACGUCGUAUUCCUCUGUAACAUGCUCUCAACAUCUUUCCCCGCACCUCUCAGCACCGCCACUUUUGCUGGCAAAACUAUUUCAUCACCGCCGUUCCACGCAAAAUCAAGGAGAGUACUCAUUUCUGCAACAGCCAGCACCACUGAACCUUCAUGCACGUCGUUGUACGAGAUUCUUGGAGUUGCAGCCGUAGCUUCUGAUCAGGAGAUUAAGGCGGCCUACCGACGACUUGCCAGGGUUUCCCACCCUGAUGUGGCGGCGGUUGAUCGGAAGGUUUCUUCGGCGGAUGAGUUCAUGAAGAUUCAUGCUGCGUAUUCCACUCUUUUGGAUCCUGAGAAGCGAGCUAGCUAUGAUAGAAGCUUGUUCCGGCAACAGCAACCGCUGACGGUGACGGGAUUUUCUGGUUACGGUUGUCGGAAAUGGGAAACGGACCAGUGUUGGUAGCGAGUUGAAACUUCAUAUUUGUAUUUGUAUCUUAAGGCUCAGUUAUUAUUUGAUCGCCUUUGAGUAUCUUACUAAUUAUGAUCAUUAGUUUAUUAGUAUGAAAUUGUAUAUUACUAAUAUGUAUUAUUAAUACGAAAUUGAUUGUAGCAAUUUUUUUUA